ACGAGGCAUUUCAUUGAUAUAGGCUACAGCUGGUGGCCGCAGAUUCGCCACACGGAGGGAAAGAGUGAGAAAGUGACGAGGGAUCCAUGUAGGGGCUGCUGGUUUUUUAUUUUUUUUAAUUGAAGAAGGCUCGAGAAUUGUUGUAGAGUGGCGAACAACACCAAAGACAGACAGAGGACACGGGGAAAGGUGAAAUAAAAUGCUCUGCCACGUUACUCGUCCGGAUUCGGUGGUGAUGGAAGUGGAAGUUGAUGCAAAGGCGAACGGUGAAGACUGUCUGAAUAAGGUUUGCAGAAAGUUGGGGAUAAUUGAAGUGGACUACUUUGGGCUGCAGUUCACGGGCAGCAAAGGCGAGAACCUGUGGCUGAAUCUGAGGAACCGCAUAUGCCAGCAGAUGGAUAACGUGACGCCGUGUCGACUGAGGUUGCGGGUCAAGUUCUUUGUGGAGCCCCAUCUCAUUCUGCAGGAACAGACGAGACAUGUUUUCUUCAUGCACGUGAAGGAGGACCUCUAUAACGGUCACCUACGUAUGGGCUCGGAACAAGCGGAGGAGCUGAGCGCGCUCCUGGCACAGGCGGAGUUUGGCGACUACAACCAAAACACGGCGCAGUACUGCUACUCAAAGCUGUGUGGAGAGGAGCCCAGCACUGCCACCAUCAACAGUGUCAUAUCCAGACAUAAAGCUCUAGAAGGUUCGAGUCCAGGCUCGGUGGAGUAUCAGGCUCUGCAGCUGGUCUCCUCUCUGGAGCAUUACGGCGUGGAGUGGCACUGGGCUCGGGACGCACACGGUGAGCGGAUGGCCAUCGGAGUCGGCCCAGAGGGAAUUGCCAUUUGCAAGGAGGACUUCAGCUUAGUCAACAGAGUAAGCUAUCCCAUCAUUCAGAUCGCCACCCAGUCGGGGAAGAGUGUGUAUCUGACGGUUACCAAGGACACAAAUGACAGCGUGGUGCUUCUGUUCAAGCUCAUCAGUAACCGAGCAGCCAGCGGUCUGUACCGGGCCAUCACAGAGACUCAUGCCUUCUACAGGUGUGACACAGUAACAAACGCUGUCAUGAUGCAGUACAGCAGAGACUUUAAGGGCCACCUGGCUUCACUCUUCCUCAACGAAAACAUCAACCUGGGCAAGAAAUACGUGUUCGACAUCCGCCGCACCUCCAAGGAAGUGUACGACCACGCCCGCCGCACGCUCUACAACUCCGGCGUCUCGGACCUGGUGUCCCGCUCCGGCAGCCGCGAAGGCUCGUCUCCCUCGCGCUCCCCGAGCAGGGACGACCAGCAGGACGAGGGGCUGGACUGUGGCAGCUGCCAGCAGAGCAGAGCGCUGCAGGAGAGGCUGCAGAAGCUCCGGGAGGCUCUGCUGUGCAUGCUGUGCUGCGAGGAGGAGAUUGACGCAGCGUUCUGUCCCUGCGGCCACAUGGUGUGCUGCCAGACGUGUGCAAAUCAGCUUCAGUUGUGUCCUGUGUGUCGGUGCGACGUGGAGCACGUGCAGCACGUCUACCUGCCCACCUGCACCAGCCUGCUCAACCUGACGCUGACCGACAACCACCAGCACCACAGCAGCAUCCCGACACCCAUCCACAGAGAGCCAGUGUCCCCUCACACCUGCAGCGCCACAGAGUACGAACAUAAGAUCUACCACACAUAAAGACGACUCCGCUAUAAAAAACACCAAACUCCAUCGUGACCACUCUGAAGCUGAAACCAGCCAGAUUCUGGAUCCAUCAGCAUUUCCUGUCUGGAACUAUCACACAUAGACUCUAAGCAUAAUCAAAGAUCAACACACUCGUACCACUCCCUCAGCGCGUGUGUGUGACUGAGUGCUUUAUUAUUAUUUUUCACUCUGGACGAAACUGUUUGGUUGUUUCUUAAUACCUUUGCCGUUUGUUGUGUAUCAUUCUGUCCAAAUCCUUUUUUUAUUUUAAACAUCAUCGUCCCUUGCCGCAGUAUGAUUUUAGAUUAGACUCUUACUGUCCGUGUUUAUUGAAUUGUUGCAUCAGUUGAUCUGAUACAGAAAGAAACAUUCUUAUGUUUGUGAAUUAUGCUUUAGAUUUUUUAUUAUUUGGUCCAUAUCAGGCUCCUAGUCCCAAACCCGAACCAUACGCUGAACGUCUCUUUACACCAGCAGAACUGUCCACAAUUAUUUAUUUUUCAUUUUAAAGCUUCCUGACUUUUUUAAAAAAAACUGAACUGAAUUUUAUGGUCUAACAGAGUGAAAUCAUUUAUUUUUCUUAGAUUUUAUUUCUCAUUUGUUUUUCAUGUCCAAUAUUUUCCAAAGCUAAUGAGGAUGGAUUUGGAGGCGAAGCAGCGCCGCUCUGGAUGUAGCACUGUGUACUAUAAUAUGUGAUGGGACCACCGUUGCCUUGUUUGGUGGUCUUGUAGGUUAUUUUAGCCCAAACAGAGCUGUAUCUCGCUAACACUCCAUCACCUUGAAACGGGUCUUGGUGAUUUACUGCCACUUUUGUCCAAAACAGGCCUGGGUUCAUAGAAUCCUGCACCUUUUACACGUCUCUGUAGAAAUUAACAUCAUUUUCUCAGCAGACGCAGGCUUUUUUUUGGUUUUUUAUGAACAAAACCGUCCAGAGCAGCUGCUUCCUCUGAAAUCCUGAUAUUGUUUUCUUCUCUGGGUGUACUAGUGAGUUAUUUUUGAUAUUUUUUUAAAGGGUACUAGGAGAUCUGCCUGUGCAAUACUUGCUUUCCUUUUUGAAAAGCUCAUUAAGUUUUAUUUAAUUUCAAAAUGCUAUAUAUUUAAAAUAAAAAGGAAAAAAAA